AAAAGAAGAAANACUCAAACUCAGACAGCCGUUAUCGUCACCCACUAGGCCACUACGUUUCCUCUGCACUGUUAAAAAUGGAGUCUUUUCCCUGAAAACACACACAUCGAGAAAACACGGAGACAUUAGCUCCUUUCAGUGUUCUUCAACCAUUUUCCCAUUUCGCCUUCAUCCAUUUUGCAGGGGUGAUUGCAAAAUCACCUCAUUUUUCCAUAAUCACACACAUACACACUGAAAUGGAGCGCGCCAGAAAAUUAGCCAACCGGGCCAUCCUCCGCCGCCUGCUCACCCAAUCCAAGCACCAGCAGCCGCCGCAGCACAACUCCUCAAGGUACGCCUCAUCCUUAUCCCCAAGCGUCGUCCAGGGUACAACCACCCACAGCAGCAAUCCCUGCACCAAACCACCGAGGAGCCCGGCCCGGUUCACCCCCUCCCGAUCCAUCUCCGUCUCCGCCCUCCGCCCGAGCGACACCUUCCCCCGCCGCCACAACUCCGCCACUCCCGAUGAGCAAUCGAAGAUGGCCGAAUCCCUAGGGUACAACACCCUCGAUGCGCUAAUCGACGCCACCGUCCCCAAAUCCAUCCGAAUCGACACGAUGGAGUUCCCGAUCUUCGACGCCGGACUAACAGAGUCCCAGAUGCUUGCCCACAUGAAGGACCUCGCCUCGAAGAACAAGCUAUUCAAAUCGUACAUCGGCAUGGGGUACUACAACACCUUCGUCCCGCCGGUGAUACUCCGCAACAUCAUGGAGAACCCUGGCUGGUACACCCAAUACACCCCUUACCAGGCCGAGAUAUCUCAGGGGAGACUCGAAUCCCUCCUAAAUUUCCAAACCCUCAUCACCGACCUCACGGGUCUGCCCAUGUCCAACGCCUCCUUGCUCGACGAGGGCACGGCCGCAGCCGAAGCCAUGGCCAUGUGCAACAACAUUCAGAAGGGCAAAAGGAAGACUUUUCUAGUGGCCAGCAAUUGCCACCCACAAACAAUCGACGUCUGCAAGACACGUGCCGAUGGGUUCGACCUGAAAGUGCUCGUCUCCGAUUUGAAAGACAUUAGCUACAAAUCGGGAGAUGUCUGUGGAGUUCUGGUUCAGUAUCCGGGGACCGAAGGCGAAAUUCUCGAUUAUGAGGAGUUUGUGAAGAACGCGCACGAUCACGGAGUUAAGGUGGUGAUGGCUUCGGAUCUGCUGGCGCUGACUGUGCUGAAGCCGCCGGGGGAGAUGGGGGCGGAUAUUGUGGUGGGGUCCGCACAGAGAUUCAGUGUGCCAAUGGGGUAUGGGGGCCCGCACGCGGCCUUCCUGGCGACAUCUCAGGAGUACAAGCGAAUGAUGCCUGGGAGGAUUAUUGGAAUGAGCGUGGACUCGUCAGGAAAGCAGGCACUGCGAAUGGCGAUGCAAACGAGGGAGCAGCAUAUUCGAAGGGAUAAGGCUACUAGCAAUAUUUGCACUGCUCAGGCCUUGCUUGCCAACAUGGCUGCCAUGUAUGCUGUGUAUCAUGGUCCUGAGGGCCUUAAAACUAUUGCCCAGAGGGUUCACGGCUUGGCUGGAACAUUUGCUGCUGGUUUGAAAAAGCUCGGGACUGUAGAAGUCCAGGGCCUUCCCUUUUUCGACACUGUGAAGGUCAAAUGUGCUGAUGCAAAGGCUAUUGUUGAUGCCGCUUACAAAAGUGAAAUAAAUUUGAGAAUUGUCGACAAGAACACGAUAACUGUCUCUUUUGACGAGACCACCACAUUGGAAGACGUGGACAAGUUGUUUGGAGUCUUUGCAGGUGGUAAGCCGGUGACAUUCACUGCCGAGUCUCUUGCACCGGAAGUUCAAAAUCUUAUCCCUUCUGGGCUUACGAGGGAGAGCCCGUAUUUGACUCACCAAAUAUUCAACUCGUACCACACUGAACACGAGCUUCUAAGGUACCUUCACAGGCUUCAGUCGAAGGAUCUCUCUUUGUGCCACAGCAUGAUUCCAUUGGGCUCUUGCACAAUGAAACUGAAUGCAACAACUGAAAUGAUGCCUGUGACGUGGCCCGAAUUUUCAGAUCUUCACCCUUUUGCUCCCACUGAACAAGCUGCUGGCUACCAGGAAAUGUUCAAGAAUUUGGGUGAUUUAUUGUGCACGAUCACUGGUUUCGAUUCUUUCUCUCUGCAACCCAAUGCUGGGGCUGCUGGAGAAUAUGCAGGGCUCAUGGUUAUUCGAGCAUAUCACAUGUCAAGAGGAGACCAUCACCGUAAUGUAUGCAUCAUCCCUGUCUCGGCACAUGGGACGAACCCUGCAAGUGCUGCCAUGUGUGGUAUGAAAAUUGUGGCAGUGGGGACAGAUUCUAAAGGCAACAUUAACAUUGAGGAGUUACAAAAGGCUGCCGAAGCAAACAAGGAUAACUUAGCUGCUCUUAUGGUUACAUAUCCUUCGACUCAUGGAGUUUAUGAGGAAGGCAUUGAUGAGAUCUGCAAGAUUAUUCAUGACAAUGGUGGACAAGUUUACAUGGAUGGAGCUAACAUGAAUGCUCAGACUACUGCUGGAAUCGAGCCUGAAGAUGUGGCUAAGCGUCUCAUGGAUUACGGAUUUCAUGGUCCGACCAUGUCGUGGCCAGUCCCCGGAACACUCAUGAUUGAACCAACUGAAAGCGAAAGCAAGGCAGAGUUAGACAGGUUUUGUGAUGCUUUCAUCUCUAUCAGAGAGGAAAUUGCAUUGAUUGAGAAAGGACAAGCUGAUGUGCACAACAAUGUUCUCAAGGGAGCCCCUCAUCCACCAUCACUGCUUAUGGCUGAUGCCUGGACAAAACCGUAUUCACGGGAGUAUGCUGCUUACCCUGCACCAUGGCUCAAGACCGCCAAAUUCUGGCCCACCACAGGCCGUGUGGAUAAUGUUUACGGUGAUCGUAACCUCAUUUGCACGCUCCUCCCGGUGGCUCAGAUGGCGGAAGAGGCGGCUGCCGCCACUGCCUGAGGCUCUUGAAAGGUUUUUCCUCACAUAUGUGAGGAUAAAUAAUUAAAUAUUAAAUACCACUUAUUUUUUAUACAUAAAAGGACAAUAAAGUCUUUUAUGUUUUCCAUGUACUUUAAGUUUUUAUUGUUUCAGAAUUUGUCUAUGUUCUCCUGUAUUGUUGCUGAUUAAUGUUGUAUAUAUAGCUUUUCUUUUUCUUCGCAUAUUUUUUAUGUUUGGUCGAAUUACAGAUGGAAUGGUAACUCAAUUUAACUGCAUUUAGUGGAAUAGAAAUAAAAAUAUGCCAACCAACCUGACACAAUUUAAAUUGACAG